AUGUCAAAAAGACCUCAAAUCCAUAUUUUUCUGGGAGCACCCAGUAUUCCAAGCCCACUGGAGGUGUCAGACCAAAGUAGUUCAGCACCUGCUGCUGAAAAAUGGAGAGAACUCCGCUGUUUAUGUGAUGUACAUGGUCUUUUUUCUGAAAAAGUCAAAGGUGCUGACCACAUAGUGUUUCAGGCAGAAAGCUCUAUAAUCACAGCAGUUCCUCCAAAUGAUGAGAGCUCUCAGCAGUCUGGGCAGGGGAGAUUAAUGGUAGCAAGAGAAUAUUUGAUGUCUCUUGUACCUGUGCCAGUCACUUGUACCAGCACACUUAAAAAGACUGAAAGUUUAAUCUAUUCUGAUUGUCAAAUAUCUAAAGAUAAAGGCACACAUGCAAAUAUAAAUUGGGCUGCUGAUCAAAACCUUCCUCAAAAAUUUGCAGAAUCAGCUAGACAGCAUAAACAAUCACAUGACUGUUGUUCAGACCUCAUUGAAAGAAAAGCCAGUCAGCUGGAAGUUAAUAGCUCUGACAUUUCUGAUUUGGUUGCCAGUACUAAGCAGAUUAGCAUACACAUAAGGUCUGUGGGACAAGGUGUUAAAUCAGAUCAUAGAAGUGAUCAUCAUGAACACCUAAGUCAAUAUCUGGAUAUGUUUUUCCCCCAAAAUCAAGGGUCAAAUCCAAAAGGAGAACCAGGUGAUUGUUCAGACCUUGCAGUGUCAACUGAUACUGAAUUUCGUAGUAUAAUGACUUCAAGUCAGAUGGCUGUUUUUGCACAGGAUCAGUUUGAGAUGCAGAAAAGAAUCAUAAAACUAUCAGAAACCGAAGCAGGCAAAAAACCUGAAGAAAGGCAAUAUGAUCACUUCCAAUUUGAUUCUGGUGUUGGAUCAUGUCUUAAUGUGGCUGAAAAUGAAUAUAAAGAAGAGUAUACAAGUUCCCUUGAACUCUUCAGUUCUGAGGACGAUGGGAAAAAUGUUUGCUUUGAAGCUCCAAAACAAGAAGGAAUUGCUCAGGAAAAUACAGAAAAGUCUCAAGAACUUUAUGUUCCUGCUGAAUCUGUAAGUGAAAUCCAUAUUGAACCAUUGAGCUCAGGAAUAUUGUGCUCUCAAGUAGAUGGUUCUUGUAAGAGCUCUUCUAAAAGACCCCGCAAGUGUGAAGAUUCACUUCAUAUUUUUCGCUCAGCACUUAAAAGACAGCUGAAAUCAAAGAGAGCUAAACUGAAUUCUUCUCCAGCUGGUCCUGGGAUGAGAGUGAAUCAGGAGAGGAUGACAGAGUUCAAGAAACUUCAGAAGAAACUGUCACCACUUAAGGAUUGCUGCUGCAAAAAUCAGAAGUACAAUGUCUUGGUCACAAUAGUACAUCCUUGUCAUAUCAAAGAAAUACAGGUGAAGACAAGACCAAAAUCCUCGUGUAAAGUUCCUGUAGCAACAAUUGUAGUUAUUGACCAGUCGGAAAUUGAGAGAAAGGUGGUACUGUGGCGUGGUGCUGCAUUUUGGUCACUCACUGUAUUUCCUGGGGAUGUUGUACUGCUUACAGAUAUAACAAUGUAUGAGAAUCUUUGGUGUGGAGAAAUCAUGCUGCAAUCUACAUUUACCAGUCAGUUACUGAAUCUGGGCAACUGCUCAGCUCUCAAUCCAGAAGAAUUUUAUCCUAUAGUGGAUGGUGAUGUUCUCCAUGGUUUAUUGGCAUACGUAUCAUCAGAAUUUCCGCACUUUGGAGACAUUCCACGAAGACAAGUUCAGAGACUGGAUAGUGUUCAGUAUAUGGAGCUAGACCAGCUCCAGCCAAAUACAUUGGUCCACUCAAUCUUGAAAAUUAUAAACAUUGCCACAUUAACAGAAUCUGUGUAUAGCUACAGAGGUGGCAAGCAAAGAAAAAUUAUUCUAACAGUGGAACAGAACAGAGAUCAACACUAUAGAAUGGUGCUGUGGGGAGCAGGGGCUGCAUGGUGCCCUCAGCUUCAAAGGAAAAAAGAUCACAUAUGGGACUUUAAAUACCUUCUGGCCCAACGCAGUUCUGUCUCGGGUGAGUUUGAACUGCACACAACUCCAUGGUCAUCCUAUGAGUGCUUGUUUGAUGAUGACAAAAGGGCAAUUGAAUUUAAAGAAAAGUUCCAGAAAAGCAAAACAUCCCUGAUGCAGAUGACAAAGCUCUCAGCACAUUUGGAGGAAAAAUGCUCAGGUAAAGUUACUAUCCGUAGCUAUGGAGUGUCUUUUGUGCAGUGCAUAAUUAAGCAAAACAGUCGCUUUGUUGAUCAA